UUUGUAGAUAUGUUUCCAGGUUGACCUUAUGAGGUCUGGGCCAAACACUGAAGUUGAGCUCAAGCGUAGCCCAAAAAAUCGAAGAAGCUACACUAGUUUCUUUCAUGUUGGACCACAGACUGCCUACAGAUUGGUCUAUAAGCAGCAGCAAUGACAGUGACAUACUCUCGAAGAGUUGCUGAUGCAGGUUUGGGGACCUUUUUUCACCUGCUCCUGCGAUGGAGAGGCAGCAUCUAUAAACUGCUGUACAGAGAGCUCAUCAUCUUCACUGUGCUCUACUACUUCUUCAGCAUUGUUUACAGGUUUCUAUUAAGCAGCGAGCAGAAGAGGCUGUUUGAGAAGCUGUCAAUAUACUGUGACCGCUAUGCAGAACUCAUUCCUGUGUCGUUUGUGUUGGGUUUCUAUGUUACUCUGGUUGUCUCUCGUUGGUGGGGCCAAUUCGAGAACAUACCCUGGCCAGAUCGUUUGGCAGCACUAGUUGGAGGCCAUGUCCGUGGGACCGAUGAGGCUGCCAGGCUGACCCGAAGAACCCUAAUGCGCUAUGUCAACCUCUCAGGAGUUCUGAUCUACCGCUCUGUCAGUACUGCUGUCUACAAGAGGUUUCCAACCACCAAGCAUUUGGUACAGGCAGGUUUGAUGACUUCAGAGGAACUGAGAUACCUGGAGGGUCUACCUUCCCCUCAUAACAAAUUUUGGGUGCCUUGUACAUGGUUUGUCAACUUGGCUCUGAGAGCACGGACUGAGGGUCGCAUCAACAAUGACGUGGCCCUCACAGCCAUUCUCACUGAGCUGAACAGUUUAAGGGCAAAGUGUAUGAAGUUGUACGGGUACGAUUGGAUUAGCCUCCCUCUCGUCUAUACUCAGGUGGCAACAGUUGCGGUCUACAGCUUCUUUCUGGCAUGUCUGAUUGGUCGACAGUUCUUGGAUCCCGUUCAAGGAUAUCCAGGCCAUGAUGUGGAUUUCUACCUGCCAGUUUUUACCCUACUGCAGUUUUUUUUCUAUGUUGGCUGGCUGAAGGUAGCUGAGCAACUCAUAAACCCUUUUGGUGAAGACGAUGAUGACUUUGAAACAAACUGGCUUGUUGAUCGAAACCUGCAGGUGUCUCUGUUGUCCGUGGAUGAGAUGUACGACAGCCUUCCACUGGUUGAGAGAGACAUGUAUUGGAAUGAGUCGGAGCCGCAGCCUCCCUACACUCCUUCCACUGCUGAACAUCGUAAACCUUCGUUCAUGGGCUCAGCUCUAGAUAUCAGUGUUCCUAAGGAGGAGAUGGAGUUUCAGUCCAACUUGGAGCAGAUCAAAGAAAAUGAAGAAGCCAACUAUACCACCCCACUGCUUGGAGGGUUGGGUCGUCUUUUGGGGGUCCAGUACCCAAACUUUACUCGUUCAUCCCGGGUUCCUCUGCUGCGUCACCGCCCUGGAGCUCCACUGAGCCGGUUCCCUUUAUAUUUGCACCCAGAAGCACCAUCGACCCCUAAUCACGCCUGCCACCCUUUGAACCAGGAGCGGGAUCCAGACUACGCCUUCUCCACUGUGCCCAUGUAUGAGAGACCAGGAUUUUACAGCUGCCCCCAAACACCCAUUCACUGUGUCCCCCCUGCAGUACCUCGCCCUCGGCAUGCCCGAAGGACCCAAAAUGAGUGGGAUCGCAGCUGCAGCUCUAUAGCCCCUCCAAUAGUGGGCUCCCAGUUACUGGCUCCUGACACACCCAGCCAUCUCCCACCACCACCAUCUUCUGCAUUUCCCUGGGUGAGUGGGGAGGGAGAUUCGCAGAGUGGACCGGCAUUCUCCUUCCCUGACUCAGCACCAGAACUCUGUCCAAUAUCUAAACUCAGACCAGGACAUGGCCUCCUGUCUCGACGCCCUCCUCCCCCUCGCCUCACUUUAGAAACCCUCCCAUCUGUUGACAGUCAGCCAGGUCCCCCAAGUGCUCGGGUUACUGGAGGCGAAGGUGAAAGGACAUUUUCAUUCACUCCCCCCUCUCACGCAGCGGUACCAAAUCCUGGUAAUCCCAACAGCAGCUCCAGCAGCAUUAAUGCAACAGCCACCAACAGCGCUGGCACAACAGGAAGUCUUUGCAAUGGAACAAGCCACAGUGGUUUUAGUGACCAUGGAAACGUCACCUCAAUCCCGAGGACGAGCAAUGGGGCCACAAGCAGCGGGCCGAGCACCAACAUGAACACAGUUUCUACAUCUGCACCAUCACAAGAAGCGAGUCAGCAAAACUCAGCCAAUGAUUCGGGAAUCUCACUGGCUGAGGGGGACCUGCUGGGAGUUCUGGUGGAUGGUGGGAUGAAUAAGGAAGAGAAAGGGAGCAGGACUGAAGAACAAACUAACUAAUUUGAAGCCAUUAUACACUAUAUUGACAAACGUAUUUGUCUGUCUACUUUUAGAUGUACAUGAACUUUGAUGACAUCCUAUUCUUGAUCUAUAAGGUUGUUGAAGAACCCUCCAUUACCAGCAAUAGCAACUUAUUCUGCAAACAUCUUCCACAAGGUUUACGAGUGUGUUCUUAUUAGAUGACAAAGCCAGAAUUGCAGCCUCAGUUCUAAUUCAUCCCAAAGGUGUUCAAAAAGGUUGAAGGUCAGGACUCUGAGCAGGCCAGUCAAGUUUCUCCAUACCUGUAGCCAUGAAAGUGAUUGUAACACCAGAAUUCAUUGAUUUGGUGGUGUGACCCAACACUUUGGCAAUGUAGUGUAUAUUUAAAUCUGGAACCGUGUUCAAUCAAUAAAUUUAGACUGAAAUUUAUAAAAUGAGACACAUCAUGGAAAAAAGGAAUUAGCUUUUUGUAAAACAAUCUAACACUUGUUCAAUUAGUCUAGUUGGACUUCUUACACCUCUAUGUGUGACUCGUUGCUUUCAAACUGGACAAUGCUACUGCUUAAGUCAACAGACUCAAAUCUGCAAAUUAUUAAAGACUUUGUGUUAAACCCUACUUCCCGAAUUAACUCUCAAAAUUGACCUACUUCUUAUGCAAAACUCCCCGUAACUGACUCAACUGACACCGAGUCAACAAUGCAGCAGAAACGUUUUUGCUGAAAACAGAGCAACAAAAAUCUAAACUGAUUGUAUCCUGAUUUUUACCAUUGUGUCCCAACAGUGUACUGUUAAUUUACAUAUUAAAUAACAAGCUGUGAUACUUUCAUCAUUGUUUAUUUAAAUAAAAAUGAAGCCCACAAAGGAUUUGCAUAAUAUUGCUUCAUUUUCAUAAAACAAGCUUUUUAUACAUACACUAUAACAUAUAUGAAAAACUAAGCAUAUACACUUUUAUAACGUAACGGCAAAAAUAAUUCAAAUUUGAACGUUGGAAAGAAAAUGACCAAAAAACCCAAAAUUACAGACAAAUCCCUUUAAACCAAUGUUCUUUCAAUAACGGACAAAGUACUUAUUUAAUAAAUAUAUAACAGAAAAACUGGUAACAGCACUGCCAUAGGCACUCACCUCUUAAAAUAAUAAAAAGAUCAAUUGAGAGAAAAAUAAAUAAAA